AUAAAAUACGAGGAAUACUCGAGAUACUCGUGAUCAUUUUUUUGUGUAUUCCAAAAUAUCCAGAAAAUAAUUACACUUGUAAAUUGAUUAAAAUCAUUUCCAGUAACUUUAUGUACGUAUUUAUUAUCCAAUCAACCAACGCACGCUCUCUUUGAGGGGACGUAUCUACAUGUACUAAAGAAAUUUAUUUAAUGCAAUCUGACCGAUUCUGAGAUGGCCACAGCGCGUGGAUCUCUUGGCCAAGUAGUGACACUCAUUAGUGUGGAGGAUGUAUUUGAAAAACUUGGAGGCUUUUCCUGGUUCCAAAUGUGGGCCAUGGUAGUGAUAAUAUCUCCAGAAAUAGUGGCAGCAAUGAUUGCAUUGUCCCCCGUUCUGACGGGGUCGAGUGAUGUCCUCUUCGUUUGCGAAACCCUGACAGGGAGAAGUUUCAACAUUUCUGCCGAAGAUAUUAAGACUGAUGACGUCUGCGAUGGGAUUUUGAGACCGAUGGGACAUCACUACACCUCCGUUGUGCAAGAGUGGUCACUGGUCGGGAGCAAAGCAUGGGUGUCAGAUUUAGUUACCAGUGUGCAAAUGCUGGGAAGUAUGACGGGUGCAUUGUUGGCUUCUCAGUUUGCUGAAAGUUUUGGGAGAAAGAAGGCCCAUUUUGGAUUGUGCUUUCUCAUGGGAGGUUUUGGUUUUGCGUCUGGUUGGGCGCCAGACCCUUAUUCCUACGCUGCGACCAGAUUCGUUGCAGGAUUUGCGGUUGGUGGUUGUUUCGUUGUUUAUAUGAAUUAUCUCAUGGAGUUUUUGACCCCAUCGUUCCGAACGAUUUGUGGGUGCGUGAGUCUCUGGGCGGUGGGAGAAAUGAUGCUGGCCUUCAUCGCGUACAACCUCCCGCACUGGAGACACUUAACUUUUGCCACGACGUUGCCCACCUUUUUAAUAUUUUUCGCUUAUCCUUUUUUCCCAGAAAGCCCACGCUGGCUUUUAUGCAAGGAAAGGACGGAAGAAGCGUUGGAAGUUUUCGACAAGAUUGCCAGAUGGAACAGGAAGCCUGGCAUGGAUCCUGCGGAGAUAAAGACGCUCCAAAAAUGCAUCACCCACAGCGUGGACUCCUCCUCGGAAUCGUUAUCCAUCGUGGAAUCCUUUAAAAUCCUCAAGUUUAAGGAGUUUCGGGUGCAAUUAGUGAUUCUUAUGGUGGCCUGGUUUACGUGUCAAUUGGUUUAUUACGGGAUCAGUUUUAACAUGAAGCAUUUGGAUGGGAAUCCAUACUGGAACGUGUUUUACAUGGGGGUUCUCGAUCUGCCGGGAAGCUUUACAGGGAUUUUGUUCAAUAAUAGACUAGGACGGAAGAAAACGUUCAUUAGUUUCCUCGUGAUUGCGUCAUUCUUCUUGGUGGGCCUGGCUGCCAUCGAUAUCACGUUAUCCAUCGAGUAUCCCGCCUUGGUCAAUGUGCUUUCCCUCAUAUCUCGAUACUUCAUUUCCGCUGCCUUCGCAGUUUUGUCCUGCUUCACGGCAGAAUCCUUCCCAACCGUGGGGCGAGUUAGUUGCAUGGGGUUGUGCGCUCUUUGUGGAAACAUUGGGGCAGUUUUUGCCCCACAAUUUACAUUUCUGGGCACGAUGGCGAAAUCCGCCCAUUUCAUCAGCUUUGGAUUACUGAGUCUUAUCACGGUCGGGGUAUCCUGGAAGUUGAAGGACAGCACGGGAAAACCACUGCAAGACUCGGUCGAAUUAAGUCAAGUCGCAUCACCGUGAAGUUUAAAGUUUAAUCAUCUUUGAAUUGAACAGUGAUGGUCAUUGGUCAGUAUUAAUCAGAUCUUUUGCUCGGGAGGAUUCUCUGCCAGUCAUAAAUACAAACCAGCACUUUGAACAAUUUGUUUUUACACGUAUUUACAUAUGAGAAAUGCCAUUUUCAUGUACGCAAAUCAUCAUUGCAUAUAACUCCACUAUGAUUCUUGGUUUUAGAUUUAUUAGUUCAUGAAUCAUUUUGUAGUGUGUAAAAAAAUGUAUGCGUUAGUUUUAAAAGAAAUAAAUGGAUAAAUUAUUAUUAAUCAAGA